AUGUCUAGAAUGCAAGAGUCAACUGAAAUGACAUUAUAUUUAACUAAUAUUACAAAAGGAGUUCCUGAAGGAUUAAAUAUUUGUGAACCAGGAAGAAUAUUUAUGAGUCGGAAUGAUGUUACAUUAUAUGAAACUAUAAUUAAAACACAUACUGUAAUGAUAAGUGAUGCGUCAAAUGAAGCAGAAGAUUAUUGUGAUAUUGAUGGUGAUCAUAAUCUUGUUCAAAAAGAAGUUGAUUUCCCAGAGAUUGUUGAAAGUCAAGUGACAGUUGUUCUUUUUAAUGACAUUGUUUUACUCUUAACUGCUGAUGUUGCUGCGUCGAUAUGGAAUGUUGGACUUAAAUUAUUUUCAAGUGUUGGAUUAGCUAAAGAACAGAAAUAUGAAGGGUUUUAUUAUUAUAAACAUUUCAAGUUAUGUAAAGUUAAUAUUGAAAAAGCACAAGAAACAUGUGUUCAAAUUGAGUUUAAUGAAAAAGAAUUAAAGUCAAUGCAAUUAAAAUUUAUUGAUGAAAAAACUCGUGAUGAUUGGUUUGAAAUUGCUGUUGAUUAUUGUGAACAACAAAAGAAGUUAGAAAAGUCUUUAGAAGAAAGAAGAAAUGGUUUAUUCCUUAGAAAUAUUCAAGACGAAAUUUUACGUAGAAAUACUUCAAAAAAGUAA